UUAAUUGCUUAGCCUAUCCUUCCAUUAGUGACACUCUACGCAAAUCUAUGAAGGUUCCUUGGCGUUAAUAUCCCAAAGUGUUUCCAAGCUUGAAACUCCUUUCCAAACCCAAAGGUGUAACCCAUUAGUUCUGAAACAAUGUGGGUGUAUUAUCCCUCAUAUGAUACAAACAUCCAAAUAUUUCCGGGCUCUCCUGGAUUGAACUCUCAACAUGGCGAACAGGAAACCGAGAACUGCCUACGAUGGAUGGACGUACAUGCUAAUCCAAGAAAAAAAACCAAUACGAGCCCUGCAAAUUUUCAAUAAUCGAAAGUCAAAAAUCAGUGGUUUUGCCUACGAUGUCAUCAUUCAAAAGCUCGGAAGUGCAAAAAUGUUUGAAGAAUUAGAAAAUGUUUUAGAUCAAAUGCGAAAAGAAGACGGCCUCAAAUGUAAAGAAGGCCUUCUGUGCAGUGUCAUCAAACUUUAUGGAAGAGCGAGAAAACCCGAAGCAGCCAUGGAACUGUUUGACAAAAUGCCUCAAUUCGGAUACCCAAAGCCCUCAAUCAGGUCUUUCAAUACACUUUUCAAUGCUCUUCUUAAUUCCAAGCGUUUUGAUCUGCUUCAACCCCUGUAUAAAACAAUGCCUAUUUCACCAGACACAUGCACAUAUAAUAUUCUCAUUAAAGCACACUGUAAUGCCAAUCGUUUAGAGGAUGCACGCGAACUGUUUGACAAAAUGCCUGAACCAAAUUUAGUAACUUAUGGUACACUCAUAAAUGCUUUGUGCGAAAACAUGAAUGUAAACCAGGCUUUUCAAUUGUUUUAUGAUAUGACCAAGAAGAAGGGAUUGUGUCCGAAUGUUUAUAUAUAUACGGCCUUGAUGGGGGGACUCUGUAAUGACGGGAAGGUGGAUAAGGCCUUGAAGCUGAAGAUGGAGAUGGAGCACAAGGGGGUGAGACCGGAUACUGUAACUUACACUACUCUUAUCAACGGUCUAUUUAAGGUGGGCCGUUCUGAAGAGGUGGGGAAGAUGUUGGAAGAGAUGAAUGAUAAUGGUUGUGUACUACAUGUUGCUACGUAUAAUACUUUCAUAACCUAUUUGUGCAAAGAUGGCAAUUUUGAAGGCGCUUUUGGGUUUUUGGAUGCGAUGAAGUGCAUCUUUGGCAAGCAGGAUAUUGUUAGCUGUAAUAUAAUUGUAAGCGGUCUCUGCAGAGAAGGGAAAAUCAAAGAAGCCUAUGAUCUUUUUGAAGACAUGCCAAGAAGAGGUUGUGAGCCUACUGUGAUUACCUAUAGAACCAUGCUUGAUGGAUUCUGUGGGGCUGGGAGGUUUAAGGAGGCUGCCAUGUUUUUGGAAUCGAUGGUAUCGAAGGGAUUUACCCCACGAAGAGUCAGCGUUUCUGAAGUUAUUUCUGGUCUCUGCAAGGAAGGAAAGAUUGAUUGGGCUUCAUCAGUUUUGAGGAAUAUGGCAAAGGAGUGCCUUGUUGAAUUUUCAGCUUGGGAUGCAUUGAUGCCUUAUGUUUGUAGUAAAACAGAGAGGCAAAAGGCAUCAGAACUUUUGAAUCAUAUAGUCUGCAUUUCCUGAAAUGAAUUCAUGACAAACCGAAAUUCUAGUUUUUCUUUGCGAUCUACAUUUGCCCGUUGCGGAAGCAUCGUUUCUGUUUGAGGCAUCAUCGCAACUGCAAUGGAGUUUUAGAUUGUGUCAGAAAUGGUGUUCGUCAGCUGUAUCAGAAAUGGUGUUCGUUAGCUUAUAUUGCAUAUUUACUUCCCUAGAAGAUAAUCGAUUGGAGAAGUGACAUUGUUGUUUUUGCUGCAAAGAACAUAGCAUUAUGUCACUGCCUAAAAUUAAAGAUCCUUGAACAAAGGGCAAAAGGCAAGGGUAAUAUUUUAUGAAAACCCCACAGGAAACACAUUUAUUGUCAAUGGAUUCUUCUAGUUUAUCCGUGUAAGGUUAGGAGCCUAUUCAAAACCUGUGCCCAUUAGGUACUACUGCAUAUCUACUUCAAUAGAAGGUAACAUUAUGGAGGUGAGUAGGGUCCUACAUGGUAGACUUGAAAGUUAUGUUGAUAAUGACAAGAUUCUAUUUAGGAGUCGAGACAUUUAUUUUGCAGUAAAAUAUGUCCAAAAGUGCCAAGUGUUUUAGUCAUCGCUCUGAUGAUGUACAAGAGUGUGCCUGGAUUCUAAUUAAGUGUACACCGGGGAUCUUUACUAUAGGGAGGAAACUGUAUGUGCUACCAUCUCUGAUAACACUGCACUAGAGCAUAAAAUUCAUAAACCAAACCUGACAACAGAAAACCUCCCUUUGUUCCUUGUCUGCUAUCUAAAUCUUCUUCAGUCUUAAAAAAUAGAUAUGAUUCCUCUUCACUCUUUA